AUGAGCCCAAGCACAAGCGUCGCGCCGGCGACGUUGACCCCUCUCAAGCGCUUCGCGAAAGCGUCCACCACGACGUGCGCCGCUCAAGCGACCGCGUACGGGAAAUGCAUUCUCGCCACGUACACGGACGUCCAAAAGGACAUCUGCAAAGCCGAAUUCGAGCAGUUCGGCCGGUGCAUGCGCGAUGCGAUGAAGAGAAACUGGUGA